AUGAACCCCACCGAUACGCGGAGACUCCCUCAUCAGCCCACUAACGCGCCUCUACAACAGCCUCGAGACAACACUGGGAGAAGGAGCGUGGGGGCUGCUGCAUUGGCGCCGCCGAUCCACACCCAAGAACUCGCUUAUCUCGGCAAGGAAACGACUGCCACCGUGUAUGCAGCCGAGCUUCUUGGCAUUCUCAUGGGCCUAAACCUAAUCCUAACGUCAGACCGGCGCAGAGCAGCGAUCUUCACGGACAACCAGGCAGCCCUGAGGGCUCUCCAAAACCCCAGAAGAUCAUCCGGCCAAUCCAUACUUCGGAGGAUCAUAGAUGCUCUAGAGAGGGUCCGCUCCCAGGGCCUUCAGGUGGAAUUCUACUGGAUCCCGGCGCACCAAGGGAUCGAAGGUAAUGAAUUGGCGGACAAGCUCGCAAUGGAAGCGACGGGCUGCAGACAACAACGAGGCAGAAGAGGGAGGAUGAUCACAGUGGACACUGAUGACACCGCAGCUACACCUGACUUCCUAAGACACCUGAUAUCCGCAGCCAAGUCGGAAAUUCACCGCCAGACCCAGGUACAGUGGGAGCGGGACUGGGAGAACGAGUCAUCGGGGCGAGCCACCUACGCGCUCACACCCGCACCAAGCCCCACGGUCCUCCAUCUACACCACUCCUUACACAAGGCCCUCAGUUCAACCAUCGUACAGAUGCGCACCGGCAAGAUUGGACUACGACAAUUCCUAUAUGAAAGAAAGGUGCCAGAGAUCACUGACACCCUAUGCGAAUGCGGUGGCGGAAAUCAAACAGUACGGCACGUCCUAUUAGCGUGCCCUAGGUUUAACAACCUCAGAACGGAAACAUGGGAAAACGGGGAAGGAAGGGGGGAAAGGUUGGAUCUCAAGGAGAUCUUGACGACGCCUAAGCUAGCUAAGAAGGCUGCAAGAUUUAUGAUCUUAACUAGACUCCUCGGGCAAUAUGGAGCAAUUACGGAGGACAAAAUACGAUAA